GUUGAAAGCAAAUAUAUUCAUUGUUUUUGUGUGUGCACUAUAAAUUAAUAUUAAAGUGGCGGCGUCAUGAGGGGACCGCUUACCUCUCGCCAGCGAAUCCGAAAACCCAGCAGACAGCUGCUCAUUUGGCGAGUGUAAACAAAGCGCUCACACACACACACACACACACACACGUGCAAACGACUACGGCUGGCCCUCGCAUAUCGAAUUUCGCAUCUUUAAGCCACGAAAUCUCCAUAUCCACUUCCAUUUUGCCACCGUCGCAUCAUCUUUUGUCUGGCCAACCUGUUCGCAUCCAGACAGGAAGUAUCUCCAAGUUGGCAAGUUCAUCCAAGUGCAGCGACGUCGACGGAAGCAGUAGCAGAAGCAGCGCUGCCAGCGUCGCAGCAGCAGCAGCUGUAAAGUUGUAAACGGAACAAUCACCUCUUAAAAUUUGGAUAUGACCUCCACUUCGGCGGCAGAUGGCGGUGGCGGUUGCCUCAGUGGCGAGACGGCCUGGCUGGAGGAUCUGCUGCGCGAGGUGCAGCUGGAGCAGUUUCUGGACAGGAUUCGCGACGAUCUGCAGGUGACCCGGCUGGCGCACUUCGACUAUGUGCUGCCCGAUGACCUGGAGCGCUGUGGCCUGGGCAAACCGGCCAUUCGCCGGCUUAUGGAGGCGGUGCGCAAAAAGAAGGCCCACCAGUGGCGCAAGAACAUCCUGUCCAAGCUGAUCGGUGGCGGCAAGCAGCCCUCAUCCAAGAAGCAGUCCUCCUCCGCCCGAGAAUCCAACCAGGGCAAUGGCACCCAGCUGACCUGCCUCAUCCACGAAAAGGACAUCACCAUGGGUCUGAAGCUGGGCGACGGAUCCUUCGGCGUGGUGCGACGUGGCGAAUGGAGUGCCUCGCCGGCGGGCAAGGUCAUCCCGGUGGCCGUUAAGGUGCUCAAGUCGGACAAUCUCACCCAGCCGGGCAUCAUAGACGACUUCUUUCGCGAGGUUCAGGCCAUGCACGCCCUGGAUCACGCCAAUCUGGUACGGCUGUACGGCGUGGUGCUGUCGCAGCCCAUGAUGAUGAUCACCGAGCUGGCGGAACGAGGAUCGCUGCUGGACACGCUGCGCAAGCAGUGCCGCCACACCUCGCUGACCAUCAUCUGGAACUGGUCGGUGCAGAUUGUGACCGGCAUGGCCUAUCUGGAGCAGAAGCGCUUCCUGCAUCGCGAUCUCGCCUGCCGCAAUGUCCUGCUCGCCGCCGGCAACAAGAUCAAGAUCGGAGACUUUGGCCUGAUGCGCGCCCUGCCGCAGGAGGACGACUGCUAUGUGAUGUCCGAGCACAAGAAGGUGCCUUUUCCCUGGUGCGCUCCGGAAUCGCUACGCUUCCGGCAGUUCUCGCACGCCUCGGACACCUGGAUGUUUGGCGUGACGCUGUGGGAGAUGUUCAGCUUCGGCGAGGAUCCCUGGGUGGGUCUGAAUGGCUCACAGAUCCUGCGCAAGAUCGAUCGCGAGGGGGAGCGACUGCAUCAGCCGGACGCCUGUCCACCGGACGUCUACGCCAUGAUGCUCCAGUGCUGGGAUAAGACGCCCGCAGAGCGACCCACUUUCGCCGCUCUCAAGGAAUAUCUGGCCAGCAUGUCACCGCCUGUAAUGCGAGCCUGCCGCAGCCACCACGAGUCCAAGGGCCUCCAGAUAGAGCCCGGCGACACCAUUGCCAUCAUCGAUGGCCGCCACGAGCUGAAGCUGAUCAAGGGCCAGAACCAGCGCACUUUCGACAUUGGAAUCUUUCCGCGGAAUCUGCUGGAGCAGCGGAAAGUGGGUGCUGCCGGGGAUGUGGCGAUGCGGAGCAGCAUGGCCAACGGCUCCACGUCCUCCUCGCCCUUUGGCUUCUGCUGGGGCGGGGCGGCUGCCAUGGCCAACGGUGAGGAUCGGCAGCGGAAGUGCGCCUCACUGGCCAACCAGCCGCACGCCAAGGAGCGCAAGUCGACGUCUAGCAAGCAGUUCGCCUACAACAAACUGGUCAAUGAGGCGGCCGCGGCGGCAGGGCUCCAGCGACGGAAUGCGGUGAAGCACAAGGGAGCCGUGGUGGGUCCACAGCGUCCUCCGCCGCCGCAGUUCCUCCAGGAGGGCAUCCUCAUCGACAUUUCGCCCGAAAUGCGACCUUUGGGCGGUGGUGGUGGCGGAGCAGCGGAAGGAGCAGGCGAUAGUUCAUCUCUGCAGGCGGACAGUUCCUUUUGCCUGCUGGAUGCCCCCAUAGAUGUGCCCACUUUGGCCGAAUCCAGUGGAUCGGGGGAACUGAAUGCCUCCCCCACUUACUAUAUCCAAGCUUCGCCUGGUCGCCUACAACCGCCUCCGUAUCAGAUGCCACCCACUUACUCGAACACCAUGGAGUUUGUCCAGAAGCGAGACCUUCACCAACAGCAGCUGGCGACGCCUGCAAGGGAGCGGGAUCCCUUCGACACCACAAAUCUGGAGACUGCCGUGGCACUCUACUCGAAUUUCAAUCAAUCCCUAGAGGCAGUUCCUCCACCAGCGCCCAUCUACAACAGUCCUUCGGUCAGGAAGAGCCUUUUUGGUGGCUCCAACUCGAACAAGGAGAACAUACCUGCCCUGGAGUCAGCGGCAAUGCAGCUAAAUCUCAGUAAUCUUGCCCUGGAACGACAUGACACCAUGAGUAGCCAAACUUUGGAACCGAUGCCGGCUCCUCCUGCAGAUGGAAAGCUGCUGGACAAAUCCUUCAUUGCCGAACUGGAGAAGGACAUGUACAGCAAUGGACAGAACCGGGCGCAGGAGGAGUACCAGCGCAACUCCACGCAGAUGUAUGCCAGCAAGGACAUGGUGUACAAACAGAAUCUCACGCCCCUCAAGAACGGAGUGUCCGCCGGCGGCACAGGCCACUCGAAUCAUUCCAGUCCCUCGUCGACGGCCUCGCCCAAGCAAAACAAUUUGGAGGCGGCAGCAGCAGCGGCAGCCACAACUCAGAGCGUAGUGAAUCGCAUCUGGUACGAGCAGGUGGCCUCCACCUCCUCCGAGUACUAUGCGCAUCCACCGCCGGAGCAGCUAGAAGAGCAGAUCUAUCAGAAUCAUCAUCAGGAGUCAAACCAUUCGUUUGUGGCUAUAUCUAAUAGGGUGGUGGCACCCAAGAACAAUGCAUACGCCUCCUCCGGUUCCUUGUACGAUGCAGUGGCCGCCAGCACGGCAGGAUCCACCUACUACGGCCAAGUGCCGAACGGCAGUGGCGCCGUGCUGUACGAUGAGGUGACCCAGGAUGACUACCUGCGGCCCACGCGACCUGCUCCACUGGCGCCACCGCCCCUCUCCGCCCAGCAGAUCCAACGGCGGAUGGAGAAGAUGCGGAUGCAGCAGCAGCAGCAGCUGGAGGGUGCCCAUCAGCUGUACGCUCCGGUGCCUUCGGACUACGGACGCGAGCAGGAGAAGCUGCAGCAGCUGAUGCAGGAACUGGGCAGCUCGGCGGUGGAGCAGGAUGUGCGCAAUGCCCUACGAGCGGCCAGCGGCGAUGUGGCCCUGGCCACGAGGCACUACAAGAUCGAUCAGUUGGCGCGGCUGGGCGUGGCUGGGCGACCCCAGUGCGAACAGGCCCUGCAGCAGACCAACUGGAGCUUAGAGGUCGCCGCCGAACUACUGCUGCAGUCCACAAACGCAGGCUAAACUCACAAACAAGAGAGCAACAACAACAACAACAACAACAACCAUGUAUUACAACGCCUCGAAUAUAAUUGCUUUAGUUUUAAUUGCUGAAUAUUCGUCUAUAAUUAGCCAACAAAGUCUCGAAUCUUUAUCAAAAUACUCCUAGGUGAAUGCAUGCAUGCAAACACACACAUUGUCAACGACUGUACAAUAUGUUCUAUUCUAUAUAAGCGAAAUCGUAUAAAAUUAUUUUAUAAUUGUUAUUCGAUGUCUGCGUACUUUUAAAUGCCCCGGAAAUUUAAUUUACAAGCGAAAUCGAAUCGUUCGAAAAGAAAGCCGCAAAAGGUUAUGGAUGUCAGCGCAUGCAACAAUUAAUUUGUUUUGAAAUCAAAUAAAUUAUAUGUAAUUGUUACAAAACGAAA